UAAUGAAGAUAGUAAUGAGAAGUUCAAAGUUAGAAUAGUUAAUGAAAUUCAAAGGGAAACAUGAUAUAAGUUGUUAAGGUAUUGAAUAAUUUGAUUGAGAGAGUUCAAAUAGUUGAUAAUGGAUACAAGACAACAAUUUACAUAAUUAAAUGGAGAAUAAUUAAAUUGUGUUGUAGAUUUAAUGAAGCAUGACUAAUUAGUAGAUGAUGAUAAUACAGACUAUUUAUUGACAGCAAUUAAGAAUGUUGAAGAUUAAUAAAUCAAAUAUUAACUUUUAGAUAAAAUCAUAUUGCCAACUUCCAAUUUUUCAAAGGAAUAAGUCAAAUAAAUAGAAUAGAUAAUUGAAAAUUGUUAAUAAUAUGCUAUGGGAUUGUCAUUAAUGGGAAAGAUGGUUGCUUUUUAUGAUUAUUAGAAUAUAUAAAUAAUGAAUAAAUUUGUUAAGGAAUUUGAUGUUACUAAAACAAAUGCAGAAUAAUUAGGUGCUGCUUGCAUUGGUUUAGCAUUGGGAUAAUACAAAGAUAAAUAAUUAUGGGAUGAUAUUGCCUAACAUUGUUUAAAAUUAGACAAGGAUUUUCAUUCAUAUAUGAGAAUAGCAACAGGAAUGGGAUUGACAAAUAAUGGUAAUGUUGAGUUUUGGAAUGAUUUUAUUGAAUAAUUUAGAAAAUAAUUAAAAACUAUAAAUGAAGAUCUAUUUACAUAAUCAUUACAAGUUAUAUCCUAACAAAAUGUUGUUUCAUUAGAAUUAUGUGAAGCAGAAAUAGAAUACUAUAUAAUUAAUUCACAUAUUAGAAUUGAAAAUAUGAUGUCAAUCUAUGUAUCUAUGGCAAGAAAAUAAUUAGGAUCAUAAUAAUUAUAUUCUAAAUUAUAAUAAGAUAUAUAUGAAAUGUAAUUAUCUGGAGAUGAUUUAAUUUUAUAUGUAAUUGAAUUAAUGCAAGUAAAGGAUAGAUUACCAAAUUAAACUCUAAAUGUCUUGGUAGCUAAAGCAUACUCAGAAAGUCAAAAUCAAGAAUUAAUAGAUAAAUUAACAAAUUUAAUAAAAUGA